CGACCCUACAGAGCACGGCCCUCUACCACACUCGUAUUCUCGUACUUUCUUCCAUCCUUCUCAUUUUGAUCACCUGUCCCUCGCCAUCAUGGCAGGCCGCUACGAGCGGGUAAACGUGCACGAGGACGACGACGACCUCGAAACAAACGUCCCCUCCGGCCCGAGACAAGCGCAGCCGGUACCCAACUCCCCCCCGCCGUCCUUCCACUCGAGACAAACAUCUCCCAACCGAGGAAGUUCGGUCGACCCGGCCUUGGCCGAUGCCUUCGGCGCAGACGACGACGACGAGAGCGAUGAUGAAGCCGCCGCCGCCGCCUCGUCAUCUCAACGAUAUACCCCUCCUGAGACGCAGAAUACGACGCCGCCAGCGGUGGGUGGUGCGACAUCUUCGACGCGGGCACCUCCGUCGUCGUCGGGGCGGGUGUACGGUGGCGGCACGGCGAACGAGGGCGUGUUUUCCAAUCUGAUGGCUAAGCCGGAGAGGAGAGUGGAGGAAAAGGAUGAACAGCCUCCGACAUACGAAGAGGCAGCGGCCGAUGCAGCACCUCCCUACUGGGAGACGACGAUCCUAGCACCCGGGCUGGGCGGCCCCGACGAGGUAUUCAUCGACGGCAUGCCGGUAGGCUCCUUCUUCAGCUUCGUAUGGAACGCUACCAUCUCCAUGUCCUUCCCCUUCGUCGGCUUCCUCCUCACCUACCUCCUCCACUCGACGCACGCGGCCAAGAACGGGUCGCGCUUCGGCCUCGGCGUCACCCUGAUCCAGAACGGCUUCUCCAUGCGGGCGGACGUCCCCCAGACGGGGACGGGUCCGCAGAUGGACGGCGACGAGGGCUAUUCGGCGCCGCCGGAUCCCAACGCGCACGACUUUGACAGCGGCGAGGUGACGGGCGGUGGGGGCGGCAUCGGCGAUAUCAGCGGGUUGGAGUGGGUGUCCUUCGUGUUGAUGGUCAUUGGCUGGUUCAUCUUGAUCCGAUCCAUCUCGGACUAUAUCAAGGCGAGGGGACACGAGCUGCUCGUGUUGCGGAGCCCGGAUCGGGGAUUGCCGGUGCCCAUCAUUGCCUCGGGCGAGUCCUCGGAGCGUGUGGUAUGAUGGGGAGGAGGUAUGGGGGGAGGAGGUAUGGGGGGAGGAGGUAUGGGGGGAGGAGGUAUGGGGGGAGAGAGGCAUGAUGAGAAGUAUAAGGGGGUUAACGGGCGACGCCUUGAGAUACAGUACAUCUAAUUCUCGCCUCUCUUGGGUUUGCUUGUCGAAAUUCGGACCAGGUACUGG